UUUUCAUAUUAGCAAAAUAAUCUUUUAAUAUUAAAUUAAACAAAAUUAUUUUACACGUAGUCUUAUUAAUUAAAAAAAAAGUUUUGUAGGAUUUCGACGAAAUGAUGUCUAGUCGAAAAAUAAUUCCUAUCCCUGGAUGCAAGAAUUCAUCUCUCAAUUCGGAUUAAUUAAAAAUAAUUAGGACAAAUAAAAUUACCUGAUAAUAAUAAUAAUAUAAAAAAUGGUUGAAUGAUCAAAAUUAAUUACAACUGUACACAAAUAUUCUAGUAAAAAGAAAAAAUAAUAAUAUGAAAAGUAUCAAAAUCAGAAAUAGGCGAAGAAGCUUAGGCCAAAUUUCGGGCGGUUUAGCUCUGUUAGAAGCUAUUAACAAUGGCAAGACCCAUCUGGCUAAAUUUAUCUUAGGAGCUACGACCAAUAUAGGAAAUGAAUCGAGUUUGAUCUUAAAUAAGGAUAACAGUUUAGGUGCAAAUAAAAUAGACACAUCAAAAUAUGGUCUUGUUACCCCCGUUCUCAAGUCCGAAAAUGUAAUCGUAAAUAACUACAAUAGUGGUCGGAGAAGUACUAUAGUAGAUGCCAAGGACUUUCAAGGCAAAACGGCAUUGAUUCGAGCUAUUUAUUUACAAGACGAUAAAAUUAGGAAAAAAGCAAUCGAACUCCUACUCAAAUUUGGUGCUAAAGUAAACUCUUGUGACAACUAUGGGCGAAGUGCUUUGAGUUAUUCCUGUCAAUUACAAAGAAAUGAUAUCAUUAAAAUUCUGGUCAAACACAACGUCGAUCCAGAUUUACCUGACAAUUUAGGUAAUACUCCUCUAAUGUAUGCAAUCAAGUCCAAUAAUGUUGCCGGGGUUAAUAUUCUAUUAAGGUGUUUCAAAAGAUUAGGAGUUCUAAAUUUGAAUCAUAAAAAUAAUGACGGUCUAACAGCUUUCGAUUUAGCAAAUAAAUUGGAUGAUAAACAAUGCUACGAACUUAUAAAUACUUUAUCAAGAAGUUAUACCAAAAAUUAUAGUAUGAAAGAUUUAAAACAAAUUAACUCCGAAUCAGAAAAAUUAAGAAACGAUCAAGCUAAAUAUUUCAAAGACACUGAUGAUUAUAAAAAUAUAGUUUCUAAGGAAGAAGUCAAACAAUUUGAUUCUGAUAAUAAAAGCAAUUUAUCUAAAAAUUCCACAUUAAAUAUUGAUAAAAUUAAUCUUAGUGAUGCAUCAUCUGAUUCACAAUCCUCAUCAUCCAGUAGUAUAACUGAAAGCCAAGCGAAUAUAUUGUCAUUGUCAGAACUUUUAUUACUUAAAGGGGCCGAAACUCAAGGCACAGUGGAUUUUAAUACAAAAAGUGAUAUAAAAGCUAUGUUAAUACUUAAAAGAAGUUUUAGCUUACCGGUAUCUUACAAGAUUAAAAAAAUUAGAAAUAGUCCUUCAACUAAUUACGAUAGCUUCGAAGAUAAUAUUGACAACAACGUUUCAUCAUUAUCGAAAAAAUCUCUACAAUUUUCAAAAAUAUCAGAUUCCACAAGUAAUUUAUCCAAACUGGAAAAAAGUAAAUCAAGAAAAUCUCAAAAAGAUGACAAAGAAAUUAUAAAAAAGGCAGAAUCCGAAAAAAUCAGUAUCAUAAAAGAUAAAGAUAAAGAUGCUAUUUUAAUAUCUAGUGAAAAAAAAUCCAAUGGCAAUUUAAAAAAUGUUAGUAAUAAUAGCUUAAAUAUAAAACCCAUAAAAAAAAUAGACAAUUCGAAUACGAUUGGAACAAAAUUAAAACAAAUUAAAAAAUUUACAGCAAAAAUAACUCAUCCAAAUUUUCAAGCAAGCAAUUUAAAUAAAAUAGAUAUAAUUGGUCUUAAAUUAAGUCAUGACGAUAAUAAAGAUUAUAAAGAAAAUAAAUUUCAAGAAGAUGAACUAAUUGAUCUAACCCACAAAGAAAUCGAAUCCGUAGUAAUAUCUAAUGAAAAUCAAAAUAAAUAUGAAAAAGAAAUUAAUUUAAAAAAAAAAUCAAUAUUUAAUCAGAAACUUGAUACAAUAAAUAAAUAUUUUAAAAAAUGUUAA